AAAAGAGUUCUGCGGCUCGCAAGAGGCAAAUUCAUUCUUCACUGACAGGUAACAGCACGCUCCGAGAGGCCAAGAAACGCUCGGUAGUUUGGACUUUGGAGCAGCAUAUCCAUGGCGGGAGAGGAGGCCGGGAGGAGGGGGGUUCCCUCUCUCCUCAACCCGCCGUCCGCUUCCAGCGAAGGGCAGCAGGAACACAUCGCCUCUGAUGUCACUCAGCUCAUCGGGUGGACACCUCUGAUCGAGCUCAAGCGAAUUGCCGACAAGGAAGGGGUAGAUGCCCGGAUCGUCGGCAAGGUCGAGGCGUACCAGCCUCUCUGCUCCGUCAAGGAUCGCAGCGCUUUGAGAAUGAUUGAAGAUGCAGAGGAGAGGGGGUUGAUUUCACCCGGUGUGACGACACUUGUCGAGCCGACAAGCGGCAACUUAGGGUUAGGAUUAGUACUCAUUGCUCUUCGCAAAGGUUACAGGUUCGUUGCAGUUAUGCCAGGUCAAUACUCGCUCGAUAAGCAGAUCCUGUUGAGGUACAUGGGUGCAGAGUUGUAUUUAACAGAUCCAGCCCUUGGUUUCCCGGGCAUAGAUGCGAAGGUUGAGGAGCUCAAAAAAGAAUUGCCCAAUGUACAUGUUCUUGAUCAAUUCAAGAACAAAGCAAAUCCUGAAGCACAUAUUAGAUGGACUGGACCUGAGAUUUGGAAGGACACUGCUGGCAAGGUGGACAUAUUUGUAGCUGGUUCAGGCUCAGGAGGUACGGUGUCUGGUGUUGGGAAGUAUCUGAAGACGCAAAACCCCAGUAUCAAGAUCAUCUGUGUUGAGCCUGCAGAGAGUCCAGUUGUUUCAGGUGGCGAACCAGGCAAACACAAAAUCCAGGGAAUAGGACCAGGAUUUCUACCUGAAGUACUGGACACCACAGUUAUUGAUGAAGCUGUCACAGUGACCACUGAUGAAGCGAUGGUGCACGCUAGGAGGUUGGCCAGGGAAGAGGGUCUUCUUGUGGGCAUAUCUUCUGGAGCAAACUUGGCAGCUUGCUUGAAGGUCGCAUCAAGAGAAGAAAAUAAGGGGAAGAUGAUUGUCACCAUGUUUCCAAGUGGGGGCGAGAGAUACAUGAAUUCUGACCUUUUUGCUGCUGCUAGAGAGGAGUGUAUUGCCAUGACAUUUUGAUCCCACAUCCAGAAGAGGGCUAUGGACUAUUUUCCAUGUAACGGUCGGCAUGUGUUGCAUGUAGUUGAUAUUUGGUCAGACCACAAUGAAUUGCAUGAUUUUGUUAUGGAAUUUAUACUCAACGAAUAUGUAUGAAUUAACUGGAAGAGAAAUGGACAACAAACUAAUGUGUUCUAGGAUUAGUUAAAAAUUUAGUUUAUAUC